GGCGGUUCUCUCGUUCUGGGAGGACAUCAUAUGACGUCCUCCCAUUCUCACCGCGCAUCACCGAUCCACAGAAAGAGCCGACGAUGUUGGCUCGGUCAUGGGACAUGUGCACUGAUCAUCAGGGCACUGAUGAUCAGUGUGCCCUGAUGAUCAGUGUAGCUCCAGCAGUGCCACCUGUCAGUGUCCAUCAGUGCCAGCUCUCAGUGCUCAUCCAUGCCACCUGCCAGUGCCCAUCAGUGCCACAUAUCAGUGCACAUCAAUGCCACAUAUCAGUGCCCAUCUGAGCUGCCUUUCAAUGUCACCUAUCAGUGCCAGUCAGUGCCACCUAUCAAUGCCAAUCAGUGCCACCUAUCAGUGCUGCCAAUCAGUGCCGCCUAUCAGUGUGUAUCAGUGCUGCCUAUCAGUGCCAGUCAGUGCCGCCUAUCAGUGCCAGUCAGUGCCGCCUAUCAGUGCCACAUAUCAGUGCUGCCUUUCAGUGCCCAUCAGUGAUGCCUGUCAAUGCCCAUCAGUGCCACCUACUAGUGCAUCCUAUCAGUGCCCAUCACUGCAGCCUCAUUAGCGCACAUCAGCGAAGGAGAAAAAUCACUUAUUUACAAAAUUUUAUAACAAAAACUAAGAAAUUUUUUUUUUUUUUAAAUUUCAGUGGUUUUUGGUUUAAGAAAAAAUAA